UAUUCCCGGAGUGGAGGCGCCUCUCCGGACAGGAUGUGAGAGAGGAACUGGGGUCUCCAGUCACGGGAGCCAGCUGGGGCCGCCGGCGGGAAGGGAUCGCGGCUGCUGUGAGCGGGGCUGGGGCCCCAGAGCCUGGGAGGCGAGGGCCGGGAGCCGGGUUCUCGGCUCUCCAGGAGGAGGGAGCCCCGGGUCUCCCGCUCAGGAUGCGGGUCCCCCGGCCUCAGCCCUGGUGGCUCGCUCUGCUGCUCCUCCUGCUGCCCGGGACGCCGCGCGCAGACAACCACCGCUCCCUCCUGUACCACCUCACGGCCGUGUCCGCCCCCGCCCCGGGCGCUCCCGCCUUCUGGGUGUCGGGCUGGCUGGGGCCCCAGCAGUACCUGAGCUACAAUAACCUGCGCGCCCAGGCGGAGCCCUACGGCGCCUGGGUCUGGGAAAGCCAGGUGUCCUGGUACUGGGAGAAGGAGACCGCAGACCUGAGGAACAAGCAGAAGCUCUUUCUCGAGGCUCUCAAAACCUUGGAGGAAGGAGGGCCCUUCACCCUGCAGGGCCUUCUGGGCUGCGAAUUGGGCCCCGACAAUGUCUCGGUGCCUGUGGCCACGUUCGCCCUGAACGGCGAGGAGUUUAUGAAGUUCGACACCAAGCUGGGCACCUGGGAUGGGGAGUGGCCCGAGGCCCGGACCAUCGGCUCCAAGUGGAUGCAGGAGCCCGACGCGGUCAACAAGGAGAAGACCUUCCUGCUCUACUCCUGUCCCCACCGGCUGCUGGGGCAUCUGGAGAGGGGCCGGGGCAACCUGGAGUGGAAGGAGCCGCCCUCUAUGCGCCUGAAGGCCCGACCCGGCACCGCGCCGGGCUUUUCCGUGCUCACCUGCAUCGCCUUCUCCUUCUACCCACCGGAGCUGCAGCUGCGAUUCCUCCGGAACGGGCUGGCGGCUGGCUCCGGGGAGAGUGACAUCGGCCCCAACGGCGAUGGCUCCUUCCACGCCUGGUCGUCGCUAACAGUCAAGAGCGGCGACGAGCACCACUACUGCUGUCUGGUGAAGCACGCGGGGUUGGCUCAGCCCCUCACCGUCGAGCUGGAAUCCCCAGCGAGGUCCUCCAUGCCAGUGGUUGGAAUCAUGGUCGGCUUCCUACUGCUCUUGAUCGUGGCUGGAGGAGGAGCUCUGCUGUGGAGGAGGAUGAGGAAGGGGCUGCCAGCCCCUUGGAUCUCUUUUCAUGGGGAUGACGUAGGGGCCCUCCUGCCCACCCCCGACCUGGCCAAGGAUGCCGAAUCUUAGGAUAUGAAUGCAUUCCCAGCAACUGCCUGCUGGUCCCCCAUCCUGGCUGCCACCAGCUACUGUAGUCAGGUCCUCUUCAUGCUGUGAGACCUCCUGGAAUCCUGGUAUUUCUGAGCCUCUGGAAGGAGCCGGAUGUCCUCCCUCUGGAUUUCUCCUCCUGUGGUCUGCCUCAGUUCCUCCUCCUGAUAUACAUGGCUGUAUUCCACCUCCACAUAUAUAACACGGGUUUGGGCCUGACUCUUUGUGUUCUCAUUGUUUCACCUUUUAAGGCAAUCGUGGGGGGAAUUAAAUGGUAUAAGCCUUGGGCUUCAAAUCUCUCCUGAGGCCAACUUGCUGGCAUGGUGGAAUCUGCCAAUUUUAUAUACCAAGUCAUGUGUUUUUAAUUAAUAAAUUUCACAAAUAUUUACCGAA